AUGGCCUACUAUAUGGACUAUUAUACAGAUGAAAACAGGGUUCUCUAUCGAGAUUCACAGCAGGAUUAUACACUGAAAUAUGCAAAGGAGAAUGGCACACACACACUUCUUAAAUUUAGCAGAGCUCUUCACACAUGUGAUUCAAAUGACAGAACUAUAACCGAAAGCACAGUGAGAGUAAUUUGGGCUUACCAUGCAGAUGAUAUGGGAGCCACUGGUCUCAUAUACCAUGGAUCAUAUCGAGGACGGAAAAGCUUACGAUUACUGAACCCAGAGAAAGACAGUGCACUACCGUUGGAAACUCCUUAUUUCAAUUUCACAAAUGUAGACGUUCCUAUUCCAGAUAAAGACACAACAUAUUGGUGCCAAAUGUUCAAGAUGCCAACACUCAGUAAAAAACAUCACAUUGUUAAGGUUGAACCACUGAUACAAAAGGGCCACGAGAAUCUUGUGCAUCAUAUUUUACUAUAUGAAUGUGACAGAAAUGCCAGUGAUGCAGUCCUGGAUUCUGGACAUGAAUGCUACCAUGCUAACAUGCCCGACAUCUUUCUUACAUGUGAAACUGUUCUUUAUGCAUGGGCCAUUGGUGGAGAGGGAUUCUUAUAUCCACCUCAUGUUGGUUUAUCAAUUGUAUUGUCAACAGACCCUAAAUAUGUUCUUAUGGAAAUUCAUUAUGAUAACCCAUCACAUCAAGAAGGUCUAACAGAUAAUUCAGGAAUACGUUUGUAUUAUACUCCACAUGUAAGAAAAUAUGAUGCUGGCGUUUUAGAGAUGGGCAUUUGGGUCAGCCUCUAUCACAUGAUUCCACCAGGUAUGCCAGAAUUCAGCUCUGAAGGACACUGCACUAUGGAAUGCCUGGAAGAGGCAUUGAAUAACGAGAAGCCAAGUGGCAUCCAUGUAUUUGCUGUUUUGCUACAUGCGCACCUGGCGGGAAGGGGUAUUAAAGCACGUCACUUCAGGAAAGGAGAAGAACAGCGAUUGCUGGCCUAUGACAAUGAAUUUGACUUUAACUUUCAGGAGUUCCAGUAUUUGGAGGAAGAAAGGACAAUUUUACCUGGAGACAAUUUAAUUACUGAAUGUCAGUAUACCACCAAAGGACGAUCUACAAUGACAUGGGGUGGACUGAGCACCAGAGAUGAAAUGUGUCUGUCCUACUUAAUGUAUUAUCCAAGAAUUAAUCUUGCCAGAUGUGAAAGCAUACCAGAAAUUGCAGAACAGCUUCAUUUUAUUGGUGUGAAAGAGAUAUAUACACCAGUGACGUCUUGGCCUUUUAUUAUCAAGAGUCCCAAAAAAUACAACAACCUCACUUUCACAGAUGCAAUGAACACCUUCCAGUGGUCACAAAAGAAAGGACACACAUUUAAUGACCGUGUACGAAAAAUGCAAAUUAAUGUUAGGUGUUCUAAGUAUGAAGGCCAUGAAUGGAUGGUUCAAGGUAUGAUUGUUUCUUCACCCAAAGUGAAAAAAACCCAUGAGCAAGAACCAUUUGUUUGUCUGUCUCUCUCAAACUGUUUAAAUUCUGAUAUGUUAAUUUUCCUGUUGACUACGUUACUCAGUAUGUUCUACAUACUAAAUGACCAUGUUUUGCAUUCAUAAAAAAAAUCCAUGUAUUUU